ACGUUUUGGCUCGACUCGGCGCGAGCUAACAUGUGAUCCGUGAUGGUGCUUGUGGCGCUUGUGGUGCUUGUGUGUGGUGGACUUGGGAAGCAAUCUGCAAUCUCCGCGCUUCCUUGGGCUGUGACAGUAACCUUCCCCAAGACCAUGGCCCUCGCCGUUAUUUCGAUCCACGAGAACGUCAGCCGCGCAGCCUACUUCUCGGAGAAAGACACGUAUAGGAGACCAAGACAGCUCUCCACCACGUAGCAGGGCGGGCGGAGACGAGCCGUCCAAGAUGCCGCGAAAAAGGCGCAUUCCUCAAAAGUGUCCCAACGAAUUCGAUCCACAACAGCGCUUGGAUCCCAGCUCGGCGGGCGGUGCGAUCUUGCCGGACGGAAUCAUAAGGAACAGCUUCGCCAUCGGUGAAGACAUCCACCCGGGCGAAUGCCUACGAAACUUGCAAGAAAUGUUCCAAGGGAAGCUGGACGCGGAUGUCAUCCAUAUGGUUCUGACAGAGUGCGAAUUCAAUGUGAACAACGCAUUGGAGGCCCUGUUCACCCUCCUCCCGCAAGACGGUGCGGCAGCCAGUCCCGGAGACCUGCUCUCCGCCGCCACAAGUACCUUUCAUGCCUCUUCAAACGACCUCUCUCCGUCUACGAGCAGCGAAAGCUUGGCGGGGGGAGAGAACAUUGUCACCUCCGAGGCCGAAGUUCACAAGUCCAGCGAAGAGAGCGAGAGGGAAAGCGUCCUCGGAGUGGAUUUCAGGUGUCCGCCACCCGCAGAGAACCCGCGGUCUACGCCCUUUUUCUCCUCUCUCUCCCGCUACGUCGACGCUCCGCCUUUUGUGCCCUGUCUUCCACAACCCAAAGCCUCCAGCACAGACACCUGCGCUUCCACAAAGCCGGUAAAUGUGACCACAAAAUCAGUCUCCGAUGUUUUGGUCGGUCACGGCAGGGAGGGUGAAGCAGAUACGGGACAACCGUUGUCGUCGUCGUCGUCGUUGUCAAAAGAGCAGGACGACCUAAAGGAGCUCUUGGCGAAUGGCGAACAAGUAUUGGUGCUCAUACGAGGACUCCCCGGCAGCGGGAAGUCUACUCUCGCGGAGAAGAUCCGCGGUCGCAACGGCGUGGUGCUCAGUGCGGACCACUUUUUCUACCGCAAGGGCAUGUAUGUGUUCGACCGGAUGCGGUUGUCCGAGGCACACGAGUGGAACAAGCGGCGCGCCAGCCAGGCCAUCCAAGAUGGCCGCUCGCCCGUCGUCAUCGACAACACCAACGUUGAGGUGUGGGAGAUGAUGCCUUAUGUCGCACUGGCACUCAGAGCUCGGUACCGCGUUGUGGUACUCGAACCUGACACUCCCUGGAAGUUCAACCCGAAGCAGCUCACGCGACGAAACACCCACGGUGUUCCGAGGCGGAACAUUGAGUCGAUGUUGGAGCGGUACGACCAUAGCGUCACCGCGGAGUCGCUCUGUCGGACAUUUGGUUUUUUUCCGAGCGGGCCAAGGCCCGAAAGUGUGACCGCUAGUCCCGUUACAAAUCCUACUGUCUCAAGAGUGGAUCAUCCAGUUCCGGUUGCAACCGAGUCUUCGGCUGACAAGGUGGUUGAGGCUGCGGAGGACUCUGGCGCUUAUAAAACAGCUGCAGCGGAGAAAGCUUCGACAAGUUUGGAGACAAUAAGUUUGCAGGAUUUGAUGGCGCUCGUUCAAAACGAUAGCGAAGGGUCUGGGAGCGGCAGUCGACAGAAUUCAGACUCCUGGUCUUCAGGACAGGACACAAACGACUGGGAAGACGCGACAGAACACGACGACGAUUUUCUCUGGACUGCCUCGAGCAAGUCCGCUGCGUCGCGGGCCCGGACUGGACUUGCGGUUGAGGACGCUCUGUUUGAAGAACCAGAAAUUCCAGAUUCGGGGAGCGAAGCCGACGAUAUUCCUACGGAACAUACCGUUGCUGAAGAUAUUAAGCUACCUUCUAUAGAAUCCUCUCCCUCUGCGCAAGAAUAUGCAGAUUGUGCUGACACCCGGGUAGACAGUGCUCCAAAACCGCAGAGAGAGCUGCCAACUACAAAAACCAGCGGACAUUUGCAGAAGGCUGAAAAUCCAUUUCUGCUCGAGAAAUUCCCAGAAUUCUCUGAGCCUUGGGAGCCGCACGAGAAGCCAGCUCCAGUGGACGACGACACUCCGAAGCCACAGAGGUCGCCACAGCGGUCUAGACAAAGUCCCAGAAAGACCAGUGGCGACAGGGCCCGGUCUUCUAGUCCGGUACCAGAGGUCCCCCACACCGUCCCGAGGACGGCCGAAAGCUCUCGGCAGGGUCGAUCUGCCGUCCGAAGGCCGAUCUUCGGAUUGGAAAAAGUUGUCCGUAGCAACACAUGGACUUUCCCGGAGUUUGCGGUGUACGAACCACCACCGGUAGACCCAUCUGAUGUCACCAGGAUCAGUCCCGAAAAAAAGGAUGCAUCAAGUGCUACCGACGGCUCCGACUUUGCACUUGUCCAGAAGAUACUCACCGGUGAGUCCGACGAACUCAAAGUCCUGGUUGGAAAAUGCCCGGUAACAGAUGAUCCGCCGGACUAUGAGGCACUGUUCCCGUUGUAUCGCUCAAAUACCGUGGAGAGGAGUACGGACACGAAUGACCUCCCAACGAACGAUCUGGACUUUGCUGAUCGGCUGGCCCUUCUCCAGCAGUGUAUUCCCGGGGUCAGUUCUCCGGACUUGGAGGACAUCUUCCAGCGUUGCCACGGUGACCACGUGUGGGCAGCCAACCUGUUGCUGGAGUCUAACGUGCCGUGCGACUUGCAGCCUCUUGUCAUCGAGGAAGACGGAGACGCCCCAAAGCCGACCGAAGCCUCAAGCAAUUCUGGAUGCGACAGAGAAGCAACUGCUGUUGCAGUCAUAUCAGAAUUAUCACCGCCGGUGACAUCAGGUCUAGCCACACCACAGACAGCAAUAGGAAUGCCCAUACCUGCGGUGCUUCCAUUGGCAGAAGUGCCAGAACUGGAGACAUCGUCGGCAAUACCAACAGUAGAACAAGCACUGCCAUCAUCUUCAAAGCUUCCAGAGAAACAGCAAGGGUCAGCUACGGCUUCCAGUGACAUUGUAGUGAACAAUAAGGGUAGAGAUUCAUUUUCAGAGCCAUCAGUGCGACCCCGAAAAUCUGUUGGAAGGGAGUUCACGUUUACCUUGGACCACUCCUUUGCCUGUCAGCUUGUGGAUGCCUUUGGUUCAGAAGGACUGCAUGUCUCGCUGGAUGCCUUCAGUCAUCAGGACCUGAGCGUCACCAUCGGUAACGACAUGGCAAAGGAGCUUCAUCGCCUCUGGAUGGAAACACUCAGGAGCACCAUGAAGAGGGAAGAAGAGGAGAUAAUGGAAAUGUGGUCUGCUCCCUCGGUCGAAGAGACGACGAGCCAGGCGCAAGCGGGCGCGGAGAACGACCGGAGGGAAGCGUCGCCCGAUGUCGACUGCGGCCCGCUCCCUACACUCAAUGACGAUCCGCAGUGGGCCAAGGCACCACACGAGAUGAGCUUCCGCGAAAUCAUGGAGAUGGAGGCGGCGUUGGAGAAGAAACGGAAAGAUUGGGCGAAGAACAACGCAUACAUGGACAUGGCGACAAAACUCAAGCACAAGCAGCUCUACGACAGGUUCCCGGGAGUCGAUCGUCAGGCCCUGGACGACAUCUUCGUUGCGAGCAAUUAUUCGCUGAUCCAGUCCAUCUCUACGAUCAACGAGACGCUCGGAAUGGCCUCGGAAGAAGAAAACGUGGAGGACUACGAGAGAAAAAUCGUCGAGCUCGUUGCGUUGGAGAGCAUGAGACCCGGCGACCAGCAGGACGACGAGUGGCAGCCGGCAGUGGAGGGCCAUGAAGACCUGUACGACCGCCUGCAGCUGGUUGGCGACUACGACGUGAUCCGGCGCGAGGCCACGGUGCACUACCACAUGCGGCAGGAGGCCUUCCGCAAGGCCAAGGAGGCCUACCAUCGGGGCAUGAAGACCGUGGCUGCCUUUUACUCCCAGCAGGGAAGGGCAUACGCUCAGAAGAUGAGGGAAGCCAACGAGCGGGCGUCGGAGAAAUUGGUACAACUCAGGAACGCGGGCAGUGACGACAACAGCUUGGACCUGCAUGGGCUGCACGUCCAAGAAGCCAUACAGGUGCUGAAAAACUUUGUGAAGCUGAAGAAGCGCGAGGCGUGGUGCCUCCAGAAGAAAGUGGUGCUGCGGAUAAUCACGGGGAGGGGCGCCCACAGCGCCCUCAACAUCCCCAAGGUCAAGUUUGCCGUCGAAGGGUUUCUACUGAGCAGCCAGCUCAACUACAAGGAGGUGCAAGCUGGCAUGUUCCACGUCAUGCUGUAAUACCGGACAGACGUCACUUCGACGCGGACGUGCGCAUCCCAUGGAUGUAUAUUUGAUACCGAUGCCUUUUACAAAUGCGAUGAACUGUACUUUUAUAUUGCCCGCAAAGUAGGCACCUCAUAUUUCUGACUCCCGUGUCAGCGCACUUGGACCGUUUAGUCGUCGUCCGUUGAAUUUAUGUGGGGUUGAUUGAGAGAAGCGUAUUUAUUUAGACAUACUGUUAUACUUAUUGCUUUUAGGUCAGUUUCGUUGACGGCUCACUACUUUACGUGUAUUUUUCGCUCAUUACUAUACUUAUUGUUAUUUUAGUAUACUAGCAAAGAAUGAGGUAAGACCCCCUUAGGGGUUUAGGUUUGAAUGGCGAUGCGACGUUUAUUGCGGAAUAGGCAAAGGAUAUCGAAAUGUGAAGCCAAGAGAUGCAAUGCAGAUUUUGCUAGUAAUGGUGUCGAUAUUUUGGGGACGUCUAUCUGUACUCAUGUAGCAGGACUUGGUUCGAUGAAGUGUGGCAGUAUGCGAGUGGAAAUUUCAAUAGACUACUUUAUGCAAGUGUUGAGUAUCAUCCAAUGUGUGGUGGUACGUCGCACCAGUACACCACGUCAGUCUCGCAUUUGCUCACGGUAUAGAACCUUUCUGAAACUUCGAAAUUAUGCGUAGAUUAUGCGCGGCUGCCAUUAAUUGGUCAUGCCCUGUGAGCACGCAUUGGACACAAGCGCUUCGUCCGCAUUCGGAGUGUACUCUGAUCUAAAAGCAUUCCACCCGGAUGCUGCAGCAGUGCUCGGCCCGAACUCGGAGCCGAUCACAGGCUUCACGCCGGAAGCGACGAGACAAACUAGUGGCGGCUGCGCAUAAUCUAUGCAUCAUUUCACGAUUUCGGAUAGGGUCUGUUGGCAACAUAAUAUAAGUGUCUGACGCUUUCGGAUGAAGUCGGCGUAUUCAGCAUAGUGCGGACGACGACAGUGUUUUCUAUGUUCUCGUCGACAUUGCAACCCGCAAUGCCGAACGAGAAGUGCUCAAGUUUUCUAUACGGACGUUCGUUGAAAUGCUUUGGGCACACGAAUACCUUCAAAAUGACGAUCUCAUGCCGCUUAUAGUAUUGUAAAUAGUAUGCCAAAUUUAUCUCUCCGUAAUAAUGGAAUUAUUUUUUCUUUUGUAACAACACGCAUACGAAAAAUGUACAUAAAAACAUGUUUUUACUUACGAAAGAGGAGGCCCAUUUUUCACAUUUUGCAUGCCUUUUUCUUUUUUUUUUUUUUCCACUUGUAAGUAGGGUUUUGAGUUUUCAGUGCGAACCGAUAAACCCCCAAGAGCGUUUCCCGGGACCAGUUUUACGGAAAGCCUCAUAUUUUGAGCUUUUCUUCGAUAAAGAAAAACCCAAGCUUUCCAGGCAGAUAGCUUUACCGACAGGUUUAUUUUGUGUGAACUCGUGGCUGUUUCUUUCUCUGGGAUCCAUACCAAUCAUCUCAUUUGUGUUACGUGCACAUUCCCUGGGGCUUUGUCCUGUUUUCUUCAAUGUGAGCCACGAAUAAUGCCAAUAUUUUUUGUCCGACACCGGUAAAAUGCAGCAUCUGUGUGGGAAAAAAAAUAAUGAUAAACCCCGAAAACUUGGAACCCUACUCAUACGGGACAAGGUCCCUGUGCCGUCAGCUUUGUGGAUGGUGUAAAUAAACAUUUCUUGUAUACAA